AUGCCUACGCAGCUACCAUCGAGCUUUGCCUCUGCGGCCGCCGGCCAAACCACCAGAGGAGACGCCAGAUCCGGUGCCCGAGGCGAUUCCGUCCGUGGUGCCGGCAGCGGUGAAUGGGCUCGUUCUAACGGAACCAGAACCUUCCGCCGCUCAUCCACCACUCCCUUCAACAACCAGUCUGUCGCCGCUAGCAACUCGACUGAUGCCACACAGAACCCCGCUCUAGACAGCCACAACAGCAUCAACAACAAUAACGCUAGCUCUGCCUCGCAACCCGCUUUGACCGCGUCCGACCAGCAGCAACAUCAGCAGCAGCAGCAGAAUAACCAGCACAACCAAGGUCCUCUCCGCUACUCCAAGGACGAGCUCUACGAGAUCUACAAGCAUAGUGCCGAAGCCGCCAACAACAUCGACAUGUCGUCCCUCUUUGCGCCCUCGUGGAAUCCCACCCAGACCAACGGCACAGCUUCACGCGUGUGGGGCAAGACCAGCGAUUCCCCGCAUGUCCCGCAAGAUCCUACCGUCUGUUGGGAUCCCAACGGUACCGUCAAGCCCAUCGGCCUCGAGCCCAUGUCUGCCGAGGAGCGCGAAAUGUUUGCCACCGACGUGAACUCGACUUUGAAGCCGCCCCAGAUUCAGCAGCAGAACAAGGAGGGAGGCGUGCAGGGUGGUAUACAGAACGGCGGGCGCAAGACCUCGGUCAGUGUCAACACUAGCAACUUCUCCUCCACAGCUUCGCCCGCUACUGCCUCGAGACCCGCCACCCGACGCCGUGAGACCGCCGACACGAAUCCUUUCCCGAGCUCGGCCGUUGCCUCUCCGACCACCGCCGGCCGUUUCCCCCGAGACGAUCCCUGGCUCCCUCGCCGGAACACCGACCUGAGGGAGUCCAUCACCGACGAGCCCGCCGAAGAAAACCCCCCGACGACGUCGAGAACGCAGCCUUUCGGUCUCACUAGAUCCAAUACUGCUGGGUCUAGCGCCUUUGGCAGCUCCGCUUCGCUGUGGGGUCCCGCCGCGACCACCCCGGGCGCGGGCAUCGGUGCCUUUGGUAGCUUUGCCUUGAACACAGCCACGUCCACGAUCGGGGAAAAGCGUUUUGGCGGCACCGGUGGAAGCCGUCUGGCCCAUUUGAUCCCCAAAGACUCGAAUGAGAAUGUGGCUGCCAAUAAGGGAAACGAGUCUGCUCCCGGUACUGAUACCAACCGUGGUUGGAGACCCCGCCAGCGUACUGAUACUGACCCCUUUGGGCCUGACGACAGUCUGACCGGCAGCGCCAUCCUCGGCGGGGCUCAGGACAACAGCCCGCCCGCCUCCUCCCUCCAGCGCAGCGGCGUCUUCGACACCCCUGUCAAGGGGAGCAGCGGCGAUUUCGGCAUGUCGGCUCUCAACCUCGGCGGCAACAACAACCAGAACGAGCAGCAGGGAAACGGGCCCGCCAGUCCCUCCGAGACGAACCCGUACCGCAGCCCGCUAGCCGAGCGUGGCGAUGAGGGACAUGACGACGCCGAGAUCGAUCGACUUACCCACAACGCUGCCGGGUCCGAGCCGCAGUCCAACUUCAGCACCCUGUCUCGUGCCUUUGGUGGUGCUCCUUUUGAUGGCAGCGACCGUAGUCAGACUUCGAGUGUGGGUGCCAAGGGCUUCCCAACUGUCAACACUCUCGGAGGAUGGCCCACUGCUCCUUCGGUCGGUACUCCCGAUCGCGAGAGACAGCCGUUCAACAGCGCUUUUGGCACCAGCAUCUUCAGCCCCAUUGGUGAUUUGCAGUCUCCCGGUUUUGGUGGCCUGGGUGGCUUUGGAGUUGCUGGCGGUUCGGGGCUUGGUCGCGCCAAUAAGCUCAGCUCCUUGUUCCCCCCUGCCAUGCAAGCUCAGAUGGGGCACGUUGGUCAUGAGCAGGAGAACCUGAGUGACUCUGUUCCGGACCUCAGACAGGCCAACCCCCUUGGUGCUAUCGGGCGUGGUGCCAUUGGUACUCAGCCUCGUGAUGCCGCUAGCCCCAUGAGAGCUGGCAGAGGUGCCUUUGAGGACUUGUUUCCUGGUGCUGAUGCUAUGAAGUCGCCGUUUACCAGCGGCGAGCACCAGGCUGGUCUUACGUCCACGGCGCCCUCUUCGGGUUUCCCCGCCACCACGGCCGGUCCCGCCUUUUCGGCUACCCCUACCCCUGGCGAGCCCAAUCAGCAGCAGCAGCAGCGGACUAUGGUUAUGCCUGAUCGCAUGCGUUGGGUUUACCUGGAUCCUCAAGGUCAGAUGCAGGGUCCCUUCUCUGGCUUGGAGAUGAACGACUGGUACAAGGCCAACUUCUUCUCGCCUGACCUCCGUGUCAAGCGCGUCGAGGAUCCCGACUUUGAGCCUCUUGGUCAACUGAUCCGUCGCAUUGGGAACUCGCGUGAGCCCUUCCUGGUUCCUCAGAUGGGCAUCCCUCACGGACCCCCGCCUUCCGCCGGCCCUUUCGCCCUUGGUGCUGCUGAGGCCAUUCCUCCCCUUCAGGGUGCUUUCCCGUCUUUUGGUAGAACCUUGACUGCUGCUCAGCAGAAUGACUUGGAACGCCGGAAGCAGGAAGAGCAGUUGUAUCACGCUAGGCAGCGGGAGUUCCUGCAUCAUCACCAGAGCUUCGGCCGCCUCCCUCUCCAGCCUGGUAUCCCCGGAGCCCUGCACCACCAUUCUAGCGCUCACAGCUUGCAGAGCCAGCCCAGCUUUGGCAGCAUCACUUCCCCCAUUGGUAUGCCUCAGCCUCCUAUCGGUGCCAUUGGCCCCAACUCCGGCUUCUUUGAGGCUCCCGUGAGCCUCGGUCAGGCCCCUACCCAGCAGGGCUUGGGUCCCGAUCUUUUUGCCCCGGACCUCAACUUGGGUGAGCGCCAGUUGUUGGCUAACCUUCAGGCCAAUGGUGGUCUCCCUGGUUCCUUUCCUACCCAGCCCAUCGGUGCCCCCAUUGGUGACAACUCGUCUCUCCGCAGCAACCUCCCUUCCGUCGAUCAGCUCCGCAACGACGAGCAGGGAUUCAACGCUAAGCUCAAGGAGUUUCACGAGCUUCGCGCCCAACAUGAUGCCGAGGAGGCCGCUGCUCACGCCAGCGUUGCCGCCGCGCAGGAGGUCCUCCAGGAGGUAAAGGAGGAGGCUCCCAAGUCUAAGGACGAGCCCAAGGCUGCUCCCGCCUCUGGCCAGGAGACUGUCAAGGCUUCCAAGAAGCAGACUCAGGAACCCAAAGAGGCCGCCGCUGCUGCUGCUAAGGAGAUGGCUUCUCAGGCCGAGGUUUCCCUGACCGAGAAGAUCAAGAAGACUCAGGCUGAGAACAACGCUGCCAAGCUUGCCCAGCAGGCCGCUGCUUCGGGUCUUCCCAUGCCCUUCCCUCCUCCUCCCCAGGCCAACACCCCUCUUGCUGCCCCCACUGCUCAGCGUCCUGCCUCGGGCCUCCCUGCUAGAUACGGUGAGCGCUCUGGUUCUGGUACUCCGGACACCACCUCUGAUGCUGCCUCCCUUGCCCCUCCCCCUACCGCUCCCUGGGCUGGCACCGAGACCCAGAAGGGUCCCAGCCUCAAGGAGAUCCAGGAGGCUGAGGCUAAGAAGGCUGCCAAGAAGGAGGAGGCUGCUGCUGCCGCUCGUCGUGCUGCUCUUGAGCAGGAGGCUGCUGCCCUCCGUGAGCGCGAGAAGGCUGCUGCCGCCGCCCACAUCGGUCUGCCCGCUACUAGCACCUGGGGCACUGGUUCUCCCGUCGGCGCCCCCGCCUCUGGUAGUCCCUGGAAGCAGCCUGCCGCCAAGGUUGCCACCACCACCACCGGUUCCAAGAAGACCCUUGCCGAGAUCCAGCGCGAGGAAGAGCUUCGCAAGCAGAAGGCCAAGGAGGCUGCUGUCCAGGCUAGCAUCAUCUCUGGCUCUGGUCUCGGUAAGCGCUAUGCCGACUUGGCUAGCAAGACUUCGUCGACUUCUGCUCCUCCCGGCAUGAUCACUCCCGGUGCUGCUGCUCAGGCUGCUGCUGCUGCCGCUGCUACUGUCGGUGGUGGCUGGUCUACUGUUGGGGCUGGUGGUAAGGUCAAGAUGCCUACUGGCCCUGCGGCUACCAGCCGCCCUGUCAGCACUACUCCUGUCAAGACUACCGUCCUUCCGGCUGCCAAGGUUGUGGCUAAGCCUGCUACUGCGGCGCUUAAGGACGCCAAGAACGUUGCUCUGGAGGAGUUCAAGAAGUGGUUGCAUCGUGAGCUGUCCAAGGGCUUGAGCGGUGUUAAUGACAUCGAAUCCUUUGCUUCCACCCUUCUCGAGCUCCCCCUCGACGUGGCCAUUCUCUCCGAGUGUGUGUACGGCUUCUCCACCACCAUGGACGGCCGCCAUUUUGCCGAGGAGUUUGUCCGUCGUCGCAAGCUCGCCGACAAGGGCAUCGUCGAGAAGGAUUCCAACACUGGCGCCAUGUCUUCCAGCAACGGUGGCUGGUCCGAGGUGGCCAAGAAGGGUGGCAACAGCGCCCAGGCGGCCGCGGUCAAGGAGGAACCCAUGGCUGCUGUGCCUGGCUUCAGAGUUGUCCAGGCCAAGAAGGGCAAGGGCAAGAAAUAG